AUGGACACAAUCAUUACCAACUUGCCGCCCAACGUGGGAGCCAUCCUCAUCGAGAAUAUCUCCAUCAUUCAAAUAAUAUCCAUGUUUUCCAUCGGUGCCUACAACGCCCUGGAGACGGGAAUUGCCGUGUUCGACUCGUUCAAACACUACCGCGGGCUGUAUUUCUGGAGCAUCUAUGAUACGAUUCCUAUCUCAGUCAUCCAACCUGGCCAUGUCAAUUCCAUUCAUUUUGGGGUGCUCCGCUGGGUGCUGUGGAUGAUUGUUAUAAAUUUUUCCGUACUGCAUAUUCCGAUGACGGUACUCUUCUACGGUCUGAAUAGCGGUCAAAGCGUGUUCGCUCGGCCGGCAGCUAUCUAUGAUCGGAUCCAGGUGACCGGAUUCUGUAUGCAGGAAUUCGUUCUCUCCGGGGACCGGAAAAUUAUUCGUCAUUUACUUUGGAUCAAUAUUCUUGUUGUCUUGAUGAACCUACUGCUGCUUGUGGCCGAGUACAAGCUGCAUUACAUCGAAGUCAGCCUCAAAACCGUGGUUUAUAGUAUCAAGUUGAAGCUGGAAUUCACGGUCUUGAAUCGCCCGAGAAAGCUGGGAUUUACAUCACCUCCUCCUCUGGCUCAUCAGAUACCCGAAUACGCCCGACAAGAGAGCGACGUCAAUCUGGUGGGACGAUCACGCCUCCACUCACGCCAAGAAUCCAACUCCGAAUCAGUGCGUACGGAGUGUGGGAUCAAGGUGCCACCUCGUGUCUCGCAGCGACCUAGUAUUCAGGCCAAUCGUGAGGCCAAGUGUGAUGCUCAAUCCGACGAUACGAGAGUCCGGGGUGCGAUCCCGUCUUCAAAUGAGUUGACGGCUCCCUCAGCCUGCUCCUCAGAUCAGUUAACCACGUCCUUGUCUACUCUGGAGUUGAAUCUUUCAAACUUUACGUCAAAAUUUGACGUGUAG